UGAUCAGACUCGGGUUGGCAAUUAGUCUGUGAAUAAUUCGUUCUUAUACAUAUUUACAUAAUUUCCCGAAAUUGUCAAAAAAGAAAAAAUGGCACCCAGUUCGAAGAAACCAGGAAAUAAUGGCAGAAUUGAUGCCAAUUCAAAUUUGGGCUACAUUAAAUCCUCAUACCCAGGUUUACAAUCUUCUGGACAAAGGGGGAAACCUUUCCCUAAUAUUUUCGACUGGCUGGAAGUCAAGAAACGCGACGACAAUGUCGGCCCUUACUGGCGAGUUCAUGACAAAUUGUACGACUUGGACGAAUUUAUCGCCAAACAUCCAGGUGGCCCUGAUUGGCUAAGAUACUCGAAGGGAAUGGAUAUCACGGAAGCGUUCGAAUCGGCGCAUGUUAUCGGAGGGGGAAAAGUCAACCAGAUUUUGGCCAAGUAUUACGUGAAAGACGUCAACUUUAAGAGAAAUAGUCCCUUCACUUUUAAGGAGGAUGGAUUUUACAAAACACUUAAACGAAGAGUGGAACCAGUCCUGAAGGAAAUUGGAACUGGUUUCUCCCCAGAAAUUUUACGUCUUCAAGACUCAUUAGCUCUCGGAUAUGUGACCUUCGCCCUACUCGGAGUUUGGAGUGGGUCGAAGUUGUUGCAAAUUUUAGCCGGAAUCCUGCUUGGAAUGUGUUCCAUCGGGGGACACAACUUCCUCCACAAGGCGGACAAUUGGCGUCAAUACUAUUUUGAUUUAAGCCCCUUGUCAUCCUUCGAGUUUCGCUUGACGCAUCACAUGUCCCAUCAUAUGUUUCCGAACACCAUUUUGGACUUUGAGGUUCAAACUGCCGAACCGCUGAUACAAUGGCUGCCUUCUCCGUCGAAAAACUUUGUGCAAAAAUAUUUAGCACCCAUCUAUUUCUACGGGUUGUACGCCAUCUUCACCCUGACGCAGCUGAUAGGUCGGAUUCGUUCUAUUGUCCUAGGAAAACAGGCUGUCAGACCAGAAAACUUCAUAAUCUUUGUUGAAUUUGGAAUCAUUUUCAUGUUGUCGGAAACAUAUUGGGCUGGACUCACUGCAUCCUUAACAAUUGUGAUGGUGGGUUCGUUCUGGUUCGUGUUUGUCGGAUUUGCUCACCACCAUCCAAAUUCUUUCCAUGACGGCGAUGAAGCCAGACCGGACCCUGAUUUUGGACUUUGUCAACUCGACGCUACUCAUGGAAAGUCUGACAACUUUCACAAACCAUUGCUCUCUAUUUUAACAACAUUUGGGCAACAUCCCAUGCAUCAUCUGUUUCCAACCGUUUGUCACUCUAAACUGGAAGCAUUGAAGCCGAUCGUGCACCAAGUUUUGGCAGAAUUUGAAGAGAAAUUACCACUCUUAUCACAAUUUGAGCUAUUCAUGGGAGCCCAAGUUCAAAUGGGGAGAAGCAAACCGAAUGCAUGGAGGAAAUGAUUACUACAAAAUUAGGGUUAUACCUAAGUACAGGGUGGUUAACCCGUUAGGGACCAACUACACAUAUUUGUGUAGUUUUUUGCUUUCCCUCGGGGACCAAGUACACAAAUAUGUGUACUUUUUUGCUUUCCGUUAAGGAUCAAGUACACACAUUUGUGUACUAUUUUGUAGUUACGUUGGGGACCAACUACACAUAUUUGUGUAGUUUUUUUCUUUCCGUAGAGGACCAAGUACACAUAUUUGUGUACUAUUUCCCCGUUACGUUGGGGACCAACUACACACAUUUGUGUACUGCGGAAAAAUUUUCAAGACCAAAUACACACAUGCAUACAAGUCAAAAUUUUAUUUUACAAAAUUUUAACACGAACCAUUUAUUUAUGCACAUUACCAAAAACUAUAUAUCUGCAAAAACUACAACUGUAGUUCGCUGCAAUGCAUUGUAAGACUAAUUUUAAAUUGUUCACGCUCAGAAAUAAGCGUAUUUUGGAGUUUUCCAGAAUAGACAUGUUUUCGCCCGUGGCGGAAUUUAAAAUAAACUUAAUUUUUAAAGAAGCAAAAAACGAUAAUUUUUUGAAAAUUAAAAGUUUUUUUUUAAUUGAUUUUUUAUCCCGAGUCAGGGCUUAUG